AUGACGAUGACAUUGGAUGAUGUGGGUACCAUCUUGGGGAUCCCUAUCACAGGUAGAUCAGUUAGUGCUGCAACUUUAAUAGAUCAACAGGCACAUGCACUUGUGGUAGAUGCCUUGGGAGUUGAUGAUGCUAAAGCAACUGAGGAGUUAUCAUCUGCUAGGGGACAAUCAGUGAAGCUGGAGUGGUUACGAACCAAAUUCAGUGGUUACAAAGAUUCAGACACCGAGGAAUCCAUAGCUUGUGCCGCCAGAGCGUAUUUGCUAUUUCUAUUGGGAUGUACAUUGUUCAGCGACAAGAGUGGAACGAGAGUUCCUGUUGUGUACUUGAAGUUGUUGAUGGAUUUGUCUGAUAUUCAUACAUAUGCUUGGGGUGCAGCUGCAUUGGCAUAUUUAUACCGACAGUUGGGAUUUGCCACGAGAUCAGCUGUUCGACAGAUGGCCGAUUACAUGACAUUGUUGGAGACUCCUCGUCGAGAAGUUGGCUCAACGAUAUCACACCUACAGGCGUUACGGGAGGAGCUUGACAGAUUGGCAUUUGAUGAGGUUACUUGGGAUCCAUAUCGACAUUGCCGUCAACAUCACCCAUGUCGUGAGAUCACAUUCUACACUGGCUGUUUGAAAUGUUUGGAUGUAGUUGAACCCUAUCAUCCUGAAAGGGUUCAUAGACAGUUUGGUAGGGUUCAGACCAUCCCACCUGUGCCACUCGACCCUGUUCGUGCUGUUAGAGGUGUGACAGCAGGUCGAUAUAGAGUGAUGUAUCAGUAUCUUGAUCAGAUAUGGGAGAGUUGGGAUAAUCAUGUUUUAUCUGCUCGGAGGAGGAGUACCCCAAUCAGACGUCCAGCUGAUAGUGUCGAUGGUUACAUGCAAUGGUAUACAACCAUCACACACUUACAUAUCCAGAACCCCACACAUCGGUCUGGUUUUGACACACGUGCACAAGAUAGUCGAUCUGACAUGCAGGAUGCUGAGCGUAUUGAUCACGCACUACAGAUUGCCCAUCCUAUCAUCGAGGCAAGCCAUAAUGCUAGUGUUCGUGAGCCAGAUAGGUUAUAUCAGGCCAUUGAGAGGAUGGCACGUGUUCUUCAAGGCCAACAAAUUGAUGAGGCUGGACCUAGUUCUAUUCCACUUCGAACAUACAAUCGUAGGAGACGAGUAGAUGAUAGGAAGUAUUAUGCCAAUGCAUUUGAUACACCACUAUGA